AUGCUUUGGAUAAACAGCAUACCGGGAAUCGAACGCCGGCGUCUGCACAUCGCUCUGGCAUUGGCGUUCUGCGCGUUCUUAAUCGUUGACACGAUCGACGCCGCCACGGACGAAAGCAAGGACACAUGGACCGGAUUCUCGACGUCAUGCACGUCGGAGGACUCGAAGAACGCGUCGGUCUCUUGUCACGGAGUGCGAAUCGUACGGAAGAUUGUACAGCAGCUCCUGGAGACCACCAGCAAGGAACGGAACAUCGAACUGUUCGACGGUGUAUCUUUGGUAGAGGUGCCUGGAAGCGGGUCUUCUCGAAAGGCUAGAGUCUUGAAGGGCUUCGGAGGCCUCGAACCUUUCCUACAAUUCUUGGAAGGUAGAGAACUGAGAGUUAAGUUACCGUCUUUACUCCCACCGAAUAUCGAAACUGCCUUGAAGGAGAGUUUGCCCUCCGAAGCUGAAGGAAGGGGCGAUGAUUUCGGCGUCAGUGGCCGCGGCGGCGGCGGCGGCGGCGGUUUCGGCGGUGGCAAAGGCGGCGGCGGCGGCGGUGGCGGCGGCAAGAAGGGUGGCGGCGGGUACAUGAUACUAAUACUUAUGAUGGGCAAGAUGAUGGCUGCUAUGGGCUUCGGCGCAUUGGGUCUUCUGGCCAUGAAGGCGUUAAUGGUUUCGGCAUUGGCAUUGAUGUUGUCACUGAUCGUAGCUGUGAAGAAACUAGCGAGUGGCGGCGAUGAUCACGGCCACCACGUCGUUUACGCGCAAGAAGUUGGCCAUCAUCAUCGCAAGAAGAGAUCAAUCGAAGACGUCGAUUCCACACAGUUACCUUACAGAGGAUACGCCCAUCUUUACGCUAACUUGGGGUCGUCUUGA